AUGGAAGGAAAAGUACCUUUAUCCCACACAUUAUGGUCUCCACAUGACACUGUCAAGGACGCAGCCGAAUCUUUGGGGGUUAAUCUUACAGAAGAAUCAUCCAAGAACUUGGCGAUGGAUGUAGAAUAUAGAAUUCAUGAGAUCUUAGAAACUGCCAUAAAGUUCAUGAGACGUUCCAAAAGAAAACUCUUAACAACUAAUGACAUAAAUCAUGCUUUGAAAGUAUUAAAUAUUGAACCACUUUAUGGAUAUGAUAAUUCAAGGCCAUUACAAUUCAAAGAAGCAUUAAUCGGAGGAAGUGGACAAACAUUGUAUUAUAUAGAUGAUCAAGAGAUUGAAUUAGAAAAAUUAAUCAAUCAAGAUUUACCAAAAGUCCCUAGACAAACUACAUUCACAGCUCAUUGGUUAGCUAUCGAAGGUGUUCAACCAAUCAUACCACAAAACCCAUCACCUAAUGAUAUUAAAUCACUCCCACCAGCAGUUAGAGGUGCUACAUCAUCAGUAUUUGGUAAUGAUAUCUUGAAUUCCACCAACAAUAAUGAGAAAUCUUUGACUAAUUUGAGUAACAAGAACAAGAAGGUUACUGACAAAGAUAGUGAUAUUAAACCUUUAGUAAGACAUGUUUUAUCCAAAGAAUUGAAAUUAUAUUUUGAUAAAGUGAUUGAAGUUUUAUUAUCUAAUGAUCCUCAAAAAGAGACUAUGAAACACGCAGCUUUACAUUCAUUGAAGUCAGAUACUGGUUUACAUCAAUUAGUACCAUAUUUUAUUCAAUUUGUAGCUGAACAAAUUACCAAUCAGUUAAGAAAUAUCGAAAUUUUAUCUACCAUGUUAGAAGUUAUUUCUGCUUUAGCUGAUAACAAAUCUAUAUUUUUAGAUCCUUAUGUUCAUUCUUUAAUGCCUUGUAUAUUAACAUUAUUAUUGGCUAAAACAAUUGGUCCAUCAAUAAAAGAUUCCAACGAUGAAGAAUUUUCUAAUCAAUUAAAAUCCCAAUUAGCUGUAAGAGAAUUUGCUGCCAUAUUAUUACAACAUAUAAUAACAGUUUAUGGAUCAUCCUAUUCUACUUUAAGACCAAGAGUUACGAGAACCUUGUUAAGAGCUUUAUUGGAUUCUUCAAAACCAAUUGGUACUCAUUAUGGAGCUUUGUUAGGUUUGAAAAAUAUGGGUACUGAAGUUAUAAAAUUAGUUGUUGUAGGAAAUUUGAAGAUGUGGACUAAUUCUGUUAUCAAUGAAAUAUCUAAUGAGUUUGAAAAAGAAAUUUUGGUUAAUGCAGCUAUUGAUACUUUGAAGAAACUUAAGAUUGAAUCAAACGAUAAUGAUGAUGAAAUUACUGAUGAAAUUAAAGAAACUUUGAUCGAUAGAAUCGGUGAAACUUUAACUAAUGAAAUCCUUCAACUUGAUGAUCAUAAAGGAAUUAUCAGAGGUAUUUUAUUCGGUGAAGUAAAUGUGUAA